AUGCUUUAUCAACCUCAAAUUACUCCAAUUCAAAGCAGUAAAUUAUUGCCAGCUGCUAAUACCGGUGCUUCUAAUGGUUCAAAAAAAUCCACAAGCUUACCUUCUUUUAAUGAAUUGUUAACUUCAAUUCCUUUACCAACAGAUUUCAAAUCUUCUGCUAAUACUACUCCAAAAUCUACAAAUUUACCUUCUCCUUCUUAUAGCUAUUAUUCAUCUUCCUCAAGUUCAGUACCAAGUAGUAUUCCAACUAUUGGAAGUACUAUUGCUUCUGCUACUGUCACUUCUGCUACUGGUUCUGCUCCAAUGCAACAACAUAGAUUACCAACUCCACCAUUAUAUUCCACCUCACAACAAGUUUCUCCUAAUUUACAACAUUCUCAACCAUCUUAUCAAUAUUAUAACUAUCAACCUCAACAACAAGUAGUUAUGGUUGGUUCUACUGCUGGUCAUGUUUUACCACCACCACCACCUCAACAAUAUCAAUCACAACCAAUUGUUAGACCAUCACCAAUUCCAAUCACUCCUACAACUACUUCUUUUGAUAUUAAUCCAAAAAUACGAUCAUCAUCAACUGGUGAUUUAUCAAGUCAUCCAAAUCAUUCACGUGCAUCUAUGUUGCCAUCAUUCACACCAGUAACAACAGCAUCAAUAAAUACAAGUCCAAUUUCUACAACAAAUACUAAUACUACUACUACUACUACAUCACCUAAAGAUCCAAGACGAAAACAUGUUUGUAAAGUAUGUUCUCGUUCCUUUACUACUUCUGGUCAUUUAGCUAGACAUAAUAGAAUUCAUACUGGUGAAAGAAAACAUGAAUGUCCUUGGCCAACAUGUGAUGCUAGAUUUGCUAGACAAGAUAACUGUAAUCAACAUUAUAAAACACAUACAAAUGGUAAAAAUAAAAGAAAUAGAAAUCAUAACAACACGAAUGCUACUACUGCUACUGUUGCUGGUGUUCAAGGUAAUAUUCCUGUUAUUUCAAAUCAUCAUCUUAGUCAUCAUCAUCAACAUAAAUAUAAUGGUAAGAGCCUUGUUUAA